AUGGAGAACCCUCAGGCGUGGGCGGGCUGGUCAGUCCUUGUGAGGCUCAAGAACCCGCCUAUCAGCCUGACUGGAAAGAUCGAACGGCUCGUCCCCGGCGAAAAUGUCACCUUGGUCAAUGUGUGGAUCGAGAAUAAGGACUGGCGCGGGCGGAUCGUGAUCGCUUCUGGUGAUAUCGCAGACCUCCAAAUACAGGAAGAAUCCGGCCCUCAGCAGCCCUACCAGCAGCCGACCCCGCCGGCCGCGCCUCUUGCGCAGGUGCAGCAGCAUCCGGCGCCAUCUGGAUGCCAGAGCAUGGCUUCGCCUACCACGCCCACUGCGCCAGCCCACCACGCUUCCGUGUACCAGGGACAUAAUCAGCCUCGUCAUCAGCAGCAGCCACAGCCGCAGCAACAGCCGAAUCAACAGGGCGCACCCUUUGCGCCAGCAUUGCAAGGACUGUUCCAAGCAGCUGCUCAAGAGCAAGCCCCUGCGGCGCCCCAGCCGGCCAAGCCCGCUUUUGUCGACCCUGCGAUCCUCUCGAUGGGAAAGCCGCCCGUAAGAGCAUCGCCAGGGGCUGUGAGCCAGGCGCCUCUGGUCCGCGCCUCUCCACAAACAACGCAACCUUUAUCGGCUUUUUCCAACCGCCCAAUCUCGAACAACAAGGUGCAGCGUUCGCCAAUCCCGAAAGUCACAUUUGGAGAGACAUCCAGGGAGCAGACCCCUAAAGGAAGCCUCGUUGAAUCUAUGGAGGGUCUGAACGUACGGGCUGAACUGGCUGAUACUGAUGCCGCCGUGGCUGAGGAAGAAGCUGCAGCCGAACUGCAGGAAAACCAGGCCGGCGCGUCCAAGAAAAACCGGAAGCGAAACCGAAAGAAGAACGCGCAAGAUGUCCCUGUGGAAGAGGCAACCCCAUCAAAAGGAGCGCGUCAAGGGAAGAAGGGCAAGGGCUGGCGAGAGACCCCAAUGCUGGAAGACACAGCCUCCUUCCAACCAUACAAAGCACUGCGACGGACCAAGGGAAACGCCAACGACAAUGGCUGGGCCUCUGAGGACGUUACGGACGUGCAAGAGAUGCCCGAGUUCGAUUUUGAAGGAAGCUUGAAAAAGUUCGACAAGCGUACAUUAUUCUCUGAAAUGCGAGAGAAGGACCAGAUUGAGGAUGCCGCACGCCUGGUCUCCCACAACCGUCGGCCAAAGCCAGGCACGGCUGGAGGCAAGAACUUGCAUCCUACUGAGAACGUGCUGGAUAUGUCUUCUCCGUCAUCGAAGCCAGAUAAAGCCCCUCCAGAUGAUUUCUGGAAGAGCGAGGCCGAUGACGGCAUGCGCAAUGGCAGCGAACGGUUGAGCGGAAGAGAACUUGGAAGUAGGCAGGGUUCUCGCAAAGGCGAGGGCAAAAGCUCUGGCCGGAGGUCGCAAUCUAGAAAGGCCAGUGCUACCACAGUCGGUCAGGUACCAAGCCGGGUAAACUCUGGCGUAAGUGUCCGCGAUGCUGCCAAAGGCCGGCGCAAGGCCAAAAAUGCUGAUCCGCAACAGCUGCCGACAGCUGCCUCUUCCGCCGGCUUCUACGCCGCUCAGAGCGACCGCCGCGUCGAGGUCUUGUCUCCGCUGCAGAUGCUCAAUCUUGAGAACAUAGCACAGAAUGACUUGGGCCUCACGGAGGAUAUGAUGACAGAGAAUGCUGGUCGUGGAAUUGCAGAAGUCGGCCUCCACACAUUAACAGACCCGGCACUCAAGGUACGGCUCGCAGCUGCGGAAGGCGACCCGUCCUCGAUUUCGCCGACCGUCGUCAUUCUGGCAGGCAAUAACAAAUCUGGCUACCGCUCGAUUGCUGCAGGCCGUCAUCUACGGUGCAAGGGAGUUAAUGUUAUCUUGUGCGUGGUCGGCAUUGAAAGAGGAGAGCGGGACCUGUCGGUGGAUAUGACCAGACAACUACGACUCUUCAAAAGCUUCGGCGGCAAGGUGUGCAGCAAGAGCGAACUCUUCGAGCACGUGAGGCAAGCGUCGAUACCCGUCAUCUCGAUGGAUGCACCGAGGAGCGUGCGCCCCCAAGCACCGCCCAUGGCUGUGACCCUGAUCAUCGACGCACUGCUUGGCCACGUGACGCCGUUCGAAGACCUACGCGCAUCUGAGCAAGCCACAGUCUACGAGCUCAUCGAGUGGACGAACCGGAACGAGGCGUUCGUGCUCGCCGUCGACGUGCCGACCGGGAUCGACCACACAACCGGCGAGCCCACGGUACAGGACGGCCACAGCCUGUACAUCCGGCCGCGGUACGUCGUCUCAGUCGGCGCGCCCAAGAAGGGCCUGUUGGAGGCGAUCUCGUACGGGGACGCUGACGACAGCGAGACCGUCACGGGCCACGUGACGGACGACUCUGUCCUCGACUGGAGCCUAUUCCUGGUCGACAUUGGCCUCGGUGCCGCCGUGUGGAAGAGGGCGGGGACCAAGAUCCGACGGGGCAUCGACUUUGGCAACAAGUGGGCGCUGCAGAUCAAGUACCGAUCGACGGAGCUGGACCAGGGUGAAGAGUAA